UCCACUUCUGCACUCUCCCCAUCCCACUCCACUCACGGGUGUACUCGCCGGCCAACUUUCACCUCCGGCAGCUUUUUCCGGUGACCAUGUACUUAAACCACCAAUAAAUGUGCUUCAUUUAGAUUUUUCUUCUCCUUCCUGAGAUCAAGACUGCAACUUUAAGCAUAUGCAGAUAUGCUUGGAAAGGAGAAAUCAUCGAUCUUCAUUUCAAUCUUUUUAUUCGUUAUUGUUCUUUUGCCAGUUGUUUUUUCACAAAUUCAGCUGGGUUCAAGACUAUCGGUGGAUGCCAAAAAUCAUUGGUUUUCUCCAAAUGGGGAUUUUGCUAUUGGGUUCUUUAACCGUUUAAAUGAAUAUGGUAUUGGGAUCCGUAUAAGCUCGGGUUUGAUACCAGUUGAGAAACAACCCAUUGUUUGGGUUGCUGGUGGUGACUUGAGAGUAGGAGACAAGUCAUAUUUCGAGCUAACAGAAAAUGGUGAACUGGUUCUUUUUGAUUCCAGCAAGGGAGUUGUUGUUUGGGCCAGCAAUACCACCAAUAUCUCUGUUGAUUCAGCAGUUCUGCAAGACGAUGGCAAUUUUGUUCUUUUGAAAACGAACAAAGAUGUUGUUUGGCAAAGCUUUGGUACUCCAUUUGAUACACUUCUCCCAGGCCAGAACUUAUCUACAAAUCAAGUCCUUCGAGCUGCUAGCAGAAAUUCUAUUUCGAGUUUUUACAGUCUUCGAAUUGGCGUUGUGGGUGAUUUGGAACUUAAAUGGGAAAAUGAUGUUAUUUACUGGAGAAGUGCAGUCACCUCUUCCCGAUCGGCUCUUCGAGCUGUGUUUGCUUCUGAUGGUGCUCUACAACUCUUUGAUCAGAUGUCAAGCCCAAUAUGGUCGGUGUUUAGUGAAGAUCAUGGUGAACCAGAUGUCAAGUUUCGGAUUCUUCGGUUGGAUGUUGAUGGAAAUCUUAGACUACAUUCAUGGACGAAAAAAUCAACCUCAUGGAAGCUGGUGUGGCAAGCUGUUGGGAACCAAUGUGAUGUUUUUGCAACUUGUGGGUUUAAUGGAGUUUGUGGGUUUAAUGAAUCAGGUUUUCCGGUUUGUAAAUGCCCGUUUUCACUAUCGUCACUUCCUUCUUCCAAAUGCCUGGUUCCUUAUCAGCCAAGUUGUAAAUCAGGUUCAUCCAUGAUUAAACUUGAGCAUACUUCCUUGUAUGCUACUUACCCACCUAACGAAACGAUCAUCUCUCAAGUUAGCUCUACACAAUGUCAGAACUUGUGUCAAGAAGAUCAUCUUUGCACUGCUGCAACCUUCAUGAGUGAUGGAGCUGCAAAUUGCAGAAUUAAGAAAACACAAUACGUUAGCGGUCAAAUGGGUUUAUCCGUAUCUUCCAUUUCAUUUGUCAAAAGAUGUAAUGAUCCUAUUGCAGUUAUACCCAGUUUAACCAAAUCCAAACCUGGAAUUCCCUCACAAAGUACUCCUUUGAAACAAGAUCCACACAAUGGGAUUUGUGUUUCUUGUUUGGUUGGAGUUGGUGGUGGCACGAUUAUCGUGUUUAUCGUGAUUCACUUGGGGCUAAUGGGCUUUUUGAUAUACCGAAGAAGGUAUUCUUUCAAGACUCAGGCUGGUUCAACCUACAAAGGAGACUGUCCUAAGCCAAGUGGUUUUCUUCCUCUGUCAUACACUGAAGUGAAGGAAAUCACAGAAAAUUUUAAGCACCAGAUCGGGUCAAAUACAUUUAAAGGUGUUCUCCGUGAAAACCAACCCGUGUUGGUGAAAGAUUAUAGUACUGUCAGCAUAGACCCACGAAAGUUUAGAUGUGGGAUGUUGAAACUAGGAACCAUUCAUCACAAAAAUCUGGUUAGGUUAGAGGGUUAUUGUUGUGACUCAAGUUACAGGUUCUUGGUGUACGAGUACCUCAAGAAUGGCUCUCUUGAAAAGUCUUUGGAAGACCCUGUGAUACGCAAGAGGCUAACCUGGAGGAAAAGGUUGGACCUAUGUUUAGCUGUUGCAAGGGCAGUUUCGUAUUUACACAUGGGAUGUCGAGAGUUUAUUGGCCAUGGAAAUCUUUGUUGUGAAAAUGUGGUCUUGGAUGAGAAUUUAGAGGCUAAAGUGUCCGAAUAUGGUUUGAGAAGUUUUCUUGGUGAUGGAUCAAAUGGAGGCAGCGCGAAGGAUAUACUCGAUUUUGGAAAUGUGGUGUUGGCAGUGUUAAGUGGUGAUCCGAAGGCUAACCAUGGUGGUUAUGAGUGGGCUUUUGAGAAAUGGGUGGGUGGCAACAUGACGGAUAUAGUUGAUCAAAUGCUUGAAGGCGGUGUAGAUGGUAAUGAAUUGGAGCGUGUUUUGAGGAUAAUGUUUUGGUGUUUUCAGGCGGAUGAGAGAAUGCGGCCUUCAAUGGGAGAGAUAAUGAACGUGUUGGAGGGUGCAAUGGAGGUCGAUCCGCCACCACCCAUAACGGCUUGCCUGAGCAAACCGCUUGAAGUAGAAACCGGAUCAGACUCUGAUGUUUAAUUUAGGAACCUAAUGACCAUGAGAUGCAAAGCAUGAACUAAUUUUUUGUGCUUGUUCUUGUUUAUAUCCGAGGUUAACUUAAUUGUACAAGCUCUUAGAAGUGCCUAAUGAAUUAAUUGAUCUUUAGAUUCCUUGUUAGCUUAA